CUCAAGGAUUUAUCGUUUGAGAUAUUUCCAAAAAUACUUGAAAAGAUAGAAAGCGGAAUUUAAUGUAUAACGAAUUAAUUAUCUGUAUAACAUUCUAAUCCCAUCGACUGUUAAUAUUUGGAAAAAGCUGUGACCUGUUUGAAAAAUUAAAAAUAAUGGCUGGAGUAUUCGAUAUUGAAUUGCACGAAGGUGAUAGCGUAAAUCAUGAUGAGUCCGAUGACGAUGUUAUUGAGAGCAGAGAGGAAGAAUAUAGUCAUGCCUCAAAUGUAGAUGCAAUGCUGGAAUCUGAAAAUUUAGAAAGAGUACAAUUGUCGGAGCAAAAUGUUAAUCCAGGACAAGAGAAAACAGGUCCUCAGGAUUUUGAAUUAUGUAAAAUCCUUGGCGAGGGCGGAUAUGGAAAAGUUUUCCAAGUUAGGAAAGUUACAGGCCAAGAUAAAGGCAGCAUUUUUGCUAUGAAAGUGUUACGUAAGGCAUCUAUUAUAAGAAACCAAAAAGAUACAGCUCAUACUAAAGCAGAGAGAAAUAUAUUAGAAGCUGUCAAACAUCCAUUCAUUGUUAAUUUAAUGUAUGCUUUUCAAACUGGAGGUAAAUUAUAUUUGAUUUUGGAAUAUUUAUGUGGUGGAGAGCUAUUUACAUAUUUGGAUCGAGAAGGCAUCUUUUUAGAAGAUACAGCAUGUUUUUAUUUAUCCGAGAUUAUACUUGCCCUACAACAUCUUCAUAAUCAAGGAAUUAUAUAUAGAGAUUUAAAACCAGAAAAUAUUUUAUUAGAUGGAGAAGGUCAUGUAAAAUUAACAGAUUUUGGCCUUUGUAAGGAACAUAUACAAGAUGGUACUGUAACUCAUACAUUCUGUGGAACCAUAGAAUACAUGGCUCCUGAGAUCUUAACAAGAAGUGGGCAUGGAAAAGCUGUUGAUUGGUGGAGUUUAGGUGCUUUGAUGUUUGAUAUGCUUACAGGAAUGCCUCCAUUCACUGGAGAUGAUAGAAGAAAAACAAUUGAAAAAAUAUUAAGAGGAAAAUUAUGUCUUCCACAAUAUCUUACACCUGAUGCAAGAGACCUAAUUCGUAAACUAUUAAAGAGGCAAGUUGGUCAAAGAUUAGGAUCUGGACCUGAAGAUGCAGAGCAAAUAAUACAUCAUAACUUUUUUAAACACAUUAAUUGGGAAGAUGUUAUUUCACGAAAAUUGGAACCUCCUUUUAAACCAUCACUGAAAAGUGCAGAUGAUACUUCUCAAUUUGAUGAACAGUUCACUGCAACCAUUCCAGUAGAUUCACCUGUUGAAAGCACUUUAAGCGAAUCCGCAAAUAUGAUAUUUCAAGGUUUUACAUAUGUAGCGCCAAGCGUUUUAGAAGAAAUGUAUACACAACCAAGAGUUAUAAAUGCUAGGAGUCCACGCAGAGAACUUUUAAGUACUGGUUUUAGUGGUAGUCUUCACAGUCUAUCACCACGGACUCCAGAAACGCACCUUCGUACGCCUUCUCAGUUUCAUCAACUUAGGCAUCAUAUAGUAGGGCACAAUAACAUAGAAGAUACUGAAAUGAUGGACGUUGGUCGACUACCGAAUCAUUUAUAGUGGUCAGUGUUUAAUAAUGCAAACUUAUAAGACAUUAUUGAACUUCUAAAUUAUAUUGCAGAAUUAAUGUUUCUGCUGUGAAAAAUUGGUUAUGCAAUGAUCUGCAUUUGGGCUGCAAAAGUCCAAGAUGCACAUUUAGCUAAUUUUUCAGUUUCUAUAAAUAUAUAUGUGUAUGUAUGUAUGUAUGUGUAUAUAUAUAUAUAUAUAUAUAUAUAUAUAUGAUGGAAAUUAUGAUAAAAUAUUAACUUUUUGCUACAGAGGCAGUAAUGUUAAUUAUCUGCUACUCUUAUAGAACAUAUAAUUAUUGAAAUGAUGAAAUAUAAAUUUGAAGUAUAUACAUAUAAUGAAAUAUGUAUUUUACAUAUCACCACAUGUUGGUUUUGUGAUUAUUCUUCAUUUCAAUUAGGAAUAAUAUAUUUACAUGUAUGAAACCAGGUGUGAUGAAAAUGGGGAACUACAUUACAGUAAAAGUUACUCCAAGUGCUCUCUUUCUCUAUCUCUAUCUCUCUCUUUCUCUUUCUCUUUAAUUGGUAUAU